GGUGCGUCACCUCUGUCCCGCUCCCGCAUACGUACGUCGCGUCGCGUCGCGUCGCUGCUGUUUCGUCAUCGUUCGCUCUCCGUGCUUCGUGUUGCGCCGCCGCGGAACGCGUCUCGUCCCGUUUUUCACGCACACGAAACGUCCGCAACAGUCGCGCGUCGCGACGCGACAGGUUCGCGCGUGUUGAUCGUCGUGUAGUGUAUACGUAUUACGUAUAUGCAUAUAUACGUAUCGUGUGAAACGUUUUGUGCUUCGAAUUCUCUCAAAGGAAGUUCUCUGAUUUGGAGUGACGCUGCUCGCGAGAGAGAGGAGGGAGGAGAAGGACGCUUUCCACGCAUCUUCGAGGAGCAUCUCGUCGCAUUCUCCGAAAAUUUUCGAGACAUUUGCACGUGUAUACGAGAACCACAUUGACAUGCCGUCUCUUCUGUAAGAAUAGAGACUAGAUAUCUCGAGGAAAGAUGGAUGGCUGGAAGAGCUGGAAAGGAUCGGAGAGCUGGUUUUUCUCGGCAUGGUACCAACGCGUGAGAGAAUCAUACGUUGCAGCCUGGCUCUUCGGGGUGUUUCAGAGCAGUAGGACGAUGUCGACGAGCACCUCCCCCAGCGGUGGAGGUGUCGGCGGUGCCCUCAGCCUGAUGGGUUGCGUGAGGGAGGCCUCGCCGCCCCCUCAGACCCAUUAUUCGCACCAUCAUUAUCAUCAUCAUCAUCAUCCUCCUCAUCAGCAGCAACAGCAGCAGCACCAUCGCGCUUUCGGUCUCGGCGAAUUCUCGACGGUUCAGCACAGCAUCGACCCUGCUCCUAAAGAACCAAAGAAGCGCCGUUUUCAUCCCCUACGCGGUCUCCGGAAGAUUUUCCGGCGAAAGAGUCGCGGUGCGCCCGGUUCCAAUUCAAGCGAUCGGGAUGUUGAAUUAGCGCGUCUUUCGCGGGAGGAGACCACGACGAGGCAUCCUGCGGGAAGUCCCGAAGAGGUUCGCAGUAGAAGCGCCAGCGAGCUCCUCACCGAUGCCUGCGACCGAGAAAGCGUAUUUCUCCGGAGAGGAGGAGCGGAGGAUAACUUUGUUAAAUUACGAGGAGGUGCCGGCAAGUUAUCAGUGUCGCAUGAUAGCGUUUUCCCAGGAGAAGUUCCUCAUACUCGACCCCUUUCCUCUCUGGCCAGCUUGACGACACUCGAGCGGAGGCAAGCUAGGAAGAGUAACGAGAUCAUCGAGCACAAGGAGUACAAUCAUCACGCUGCACAAAGGCACCGGAUAUCCCUGCGGGUACUCGAACAAAUCAAGACGGUCAUAGAGAACCGGAAUCAGCUGGCCUCCGGGACCUCGCCAGAGACAGCCAGUAUAGCGCACCAGACUGCCGGCGAGCGGUAUCAGCAGGAAACCACCGAGAACCGUUUCACCGUAUUUGACAAACAUGGAGAGAGGAAUAGCGAGAGAGAGGAGCAGGCAAAGAUUACGAGAUCAACGAAAGAUACGGUCGAUCGAACUGUUCUAGUGGCCAAGGAAGAUUUACCACAAUUGGAAAGCGCGAGCUUGAAUCACACGGCAGCGCAUCAUAGGAUUUCUGUACGUCCGAAGAACCGACGUCCACCACGUCGUACAGUAUCGACGACAACGCCAUCGUCUGAUGUCGGCGUUUCCAACUCACCAUCGAUACCACCGACUAUUGCCGAAGAUUCCGUAGAUAGUUUGGAACAACAAAAACAGGAGCAGCCUCAAUCGACGAUCAACAAUAAUAAUAUGUCAUCGACAGAACCACCACCCAAGACUGUUGGCGUGAUCAGAAAGUCAUCGAGCCGACUGUCUCGCAACUCCGACAUCUUUGAGGAAUUAGAAUCGAAGCUGUCGAGGAAGACAAGUGCAACCUCAUUAUCUCCAGACAGCCUGGACGUCACAACGAUAUCACAGAGCAGCGCAGAAAUGGCCACCGCUGUCGAGGAACAGCAGCAGCUGGAGGUCAAAUGGAUAACUAGAAAACCAUCAAACCGGAUAUCCAAAGGCUCCGAUGUAUUCGAGGAAUUGGAGACAAAACUGCCGCGCAGAAGAUCUUCAUCGAAUCGAUUGUCCAAAUCGCCGGACAGUCUGGAUUCGGCUCCCGGUUGUUGGUUCUCCAAGUCCACCGAAGAGGCCUUCGACAAAUUAGGGGAGUAUGAGGAAAUUGCGAAACCGGUAACCUCAGCCAGGCGAUCGUUACUGAAUCCGAUCUCGAAGUUCACCGAUCGCGUCUCCAAAUCAUCGGAUAGUUUAGAGGCAAUCGAACCAUUGAUAAGCGACGAUUCAAUCGAACGACGACGAAACAGCUUUGAUUCCCGAGCGCGUAAAAGCUCGAAGAUAAUAUCUAAAUCGUCGGAGGACUUUGAUAUACUUGAACAAAACAGUUGCAUUGAAGAAGACAUCGGUCAGGAAUUGCAAAAGAGGAGUAGCGCGUCCGAUAUUAACCUGUCGCGCAACCGAAGACUGUCGAAGAGUAUUUCUAAAUCGUCUGAAAGCUUUGAGAGGAUCGACAUGAACGAUAUGAAAGAUGACGUCGAUGUAGAAAUACUAUUGGAAGAUGAUGGGCCGAAAACAGGUGGCAGACGGUCGACUAAGAGGAUGUCCUCGGAAAGCUCAGAUAAUCUAGACGUAGAAGAUAGGCUAGAGAAUAGAAGAAUCAGAAGGACACCCAAAAGAAUGCCGAGCACCAGUAUAGUAGAUAUGAUAGUUUCUGGAGACGAUCACGAGAGAGAGAGGCGACCGACUCCUACUAGGAAACCGUCAAGACUUCAAAAAUCUUCGGAAAGUUCAGAACUGGGUAGUACAGAUACUCUGGAUUCAGAAAGAAGAAACAAAUCGUCGGAGAGCACUGAAACGCUGGACAGCCUGGAAAAGGAUUUGGAACAAGAUAGAAAAGACGAAGAGAUUACGGAUAAUGUGGUGGACAAGCGUGAAAAAAAUGAUUCUUGGUCCAGCAGAAACGCGGCAGUAUCUGAUUCCGAUCAAGCAUCGAUGGGGGAUGACACUGAGGACUCCAAGUCGCUUAUUUCUGCCGAUAACAAAUACUAUUGGCGCCAAUCCUCUGAACCAGUAUCUAAGGAGAACUUGGGUAUUCAACAAUUAUUAGCUAUUACGAUAAUGACCAGGAUGGCCGAUAAUGGAAACAAUCAACGCGGAUCCGUCAUGUACCCGAAGAAACGGCAGCAGAUGAGCACAUCACAACCGACAUCACCGGUAGCCAAGCAGGAAGACACGAAGAUACUGUUCGAUAACUUGCUAGUGAACAGCAAAAAUGAUGAGGAUCUUCAGAAUAUGCUCAACGGAAACAUAUCGGAAGUAUCAACCGACACCAAAAGCUUUAAAGAAAAACUGAUCAUGUUCGAGAAACUCGGGAAAUGAAUGCGCGAUGAUAAAACGAUGUGAAAUCGUUCUCGCAAUCCUUUUCUCGAUUAGCGGACCACUUUGAUGAUGGUCAAAGCUUAAUGCAAAAAUACGGGAAAUCUAAAAAGAUACACGAUCUCGUUUAGUGCUUGAUAAAUAUACAGAUAUUGUUGUAGAAUACAUCUUAGUGAAAUACAUCCUAAUAGAACCAUUUGGAUUACAAGGAGUGGAUACAAAAGGAAAUCAAAAAUUCGAUUGCAGAUAAUUAUUUUUCACAGAAACUUUGAAUAUUCGCAGAGCUAUGAAAUUUGAAUUAAAAAAUAAUGAAAGAUAGGUUCGCGUGCGAUAAGUGUAAUUGUAUGUAUAAAAAUAGUAAAUUAAAAUAUUACUCUAAAUACUGAUUUAGAAGGUAAAUUUUUGAAGUAUCAAUAAAUAUUUGAUUUAAAUUAUGUCUUAAUAAUUUGCAUGUUUUAUAUGUUAAUUCGUGUAAGUAUAAUGUAACAUCGCGGAAUCUGUAAUUCUUUAAAAAUCUUUAAAAAUCAAAAUAGCGCAUUCAAGUCGAUAAUACUCGGUUCUGCUUCAUCACAUCGCAUGCAUUUAUCGGGGAACAAAAAUAUCAGCCCGGCGACAAUUUUCUCAAUUCUCGCGGUCGUGUUCUUUUUACACGAUUAAUAUUUUGUUGAGAUUAUAUCUGAUCGUGCAUUAAUGCUCAUUAUAAAGGAACAUAUUCGCAUAUGUAUGUACAUUUUCGUAAAAAGCUUUAGCGUUUACUCGCAAGUAAUUGUACAAUAGUUUAGCAGUGAUAUGAUUCUCGGCAUGUGACCGCAUUUAUAAAUAUCGUGUAUUAUCUCAUAUCAUGUAAAUAUGAAAAAAAUAUGUGUGCGUUAUCACUUUAUCUGGAAGGUAAAAAAAUACAUGUAUAAAAAUGUAUCACAUAUAUAUAAUAUACAGGGUGUAUUAUAAUUCACAUUCAUGAAUUAAAUAGCACCAUGAAAGAAAAAUGAAUUGAAAAUUUAUGAAAUUAUAUUUUUCUGCGAUGCUUAACGAAGAAGAAAUUAUUAUAAAUAAUAGUUCAACAAGCAUCGUUUUUUAAAGCUAGUAUAUGUUCGCAAAUCGUGCAUCGAAUAAUAUACAUACAUGAUACAUUCAAUUCAGCAAACAAUAUAUACGGAAGCAUGUUUGUCUAAAAAACAGCGCUGAUUAGACCUUGUUUAAUAAUUUCACUUUCACAUUGAGGAAAGCAGAAAAAAUUGUCUCAAAAUUUUUCGAUUCAAUUUUCAUUAAGAAAUAAUGUUUUGUGAGCGCAAAUUAUAAUACACUUUGUAUAUUAACGUUGAUAAUUGUAGUAGAGUCGCGGGAUAUAACGAUAGUCUAAGAAAUGUUACGUGUGUACAAUUGUAUUUUUUCGAUGCUCGAAAACUGUUUAUUCUAUAUAAAAGUAUAUAUUACUCUUAUACAAAUUGCCUACGGGUCUAAAACGUAUAAUUACGUUAAAAUAGGCCUAUAAUUCUCUUGGUCGAUAAAAUGUCACUAGAUAUUAAGAGUGAUGGUCUCAGUUUAAUUUUAAAUGCCUCUAGAAGAUUGAAAAGAGAAAUAAUGUAUAAAAAGAGAAAAAUUGCGAUAUUUUGUCGAUAAUUGAAGCAACCCCCGAACUUCUCGUCUUUCUUUCGAUGAUCCAGAAAGCGAUAUCAGCGCAUAUCUUAUAAUCGCCGAAUUUCGCGAAAGAGAAAUGAUUUUUGUAGCCUUUCAAGUGCCUUACCGAACCAAUUGAAGGAACUGAAUCGAAGUAGGUAUCGUCGGUUAUAAAGAACAUAAAAAUGUUACAUCGUCAUCCUCCUUUUGCUCUUCUUUAAUUAUUUAGAUGAUAAAUGUACGUUUUUUCGGAUCCCGAAAGUGAUGCAAAAACAUCGUCUCUUAGAAUAAUUAGAAAAGAAAAACUGGAUUUAACUAUCAAGUCUCAUUGUAAUAUUAUGUAAUAACAUACAAGGAAUAACAAGAUGAAUUCUACACGCAGACAUACAUAUGCAUAUACACGCAUUUACACAGAACAAAUCUCUUUUCAUUGAUGUAAAUAAAGCUGCCAUCACAAAUUACAGUUACAACAGAAA